AUGGCUCUGCUGGGGUUGGUCUUCAUUUUUGUGCUCCGGUUUGGCGUGGUCAACAGUCAAGAGAAGAUUUAUCGCAUUUUCCAACCUGAACAAGACGCCACCCUGCCCUGUGGCUCUCUGUCAUCCUCUGGACCUCUGCAGUGCUCUGAUAUUUCAUGGCUUUAUAACAGAGAUCCAUCAGAGACCGUUAUGGAGGCAAGCAGUGGGGAGGUGAAGCAGACGUCAUCCCGAGCUGACCGGCUGAGUUUGGACUCCAACUGUUCUUUGGUCAUUAAACGUGUCACUGCUGAGGAUGUUGGUCUCUACACGUGUCGACAGGGUGACUCUGAUCCUUACAAUGUAAAUGUGUAUCUCAGUGUUUUUACAGUCUUUCCGACACCAACUGACUCAAAUCCAAGGAGCCCCAAUGAUCCCAGAUUAGAGUGUUCUCUGCUGAGAUACAGAGGUUUGAGUUCCUGUCAACCAAACAGUCUCCGCUGGGUGAAUGAGACAGGAGCUGUGAUUACUGACGGUGUUACAGAGAGUUCCAGAGAUGCAGACUGUUUCUCUGACCUGAAUGUGACGCAUCAGAUCGGCAAAAACAGGAAAUUCACCUGCCAGUCUGUUAAUGAGGAGAACAAUGUGGAGAUACAGGCUGACUACACACCUUUCCAACCAGGAACUCGGUGUAAGACGACCGCUAAAGCCGACAUUGUGCUGCUGGUGGACAAUUCCUGGAAUUUCUACCGUGAAAACUUUCGAACUAUCCGCGGCUUCAUCGCUGACAUGGUUGGAAUGUUUGACAUCGGCCCUGACAGAGUUCAGAUCGGUCUGACUCGGUACAGUACUAGACCAAGGACCCAGUGGCACCUGAACACCCACAGAACCAAGGAAUCCCUGGUGAAUGGUGUUAAUAAGCUGCAGGAAAGAGGAGGAAUAACCACCCAGACAGGACGGGCUCUGACACACAUCCUGGAAAAUGACUUCCAACCCAACGUUGGGAUGCGAGAGGACUCACACAAAAUUGGCAUCCUCAUUACAGGUGGAGAGUCUGAUGACAACGUUACCAUGCCGUCACAACACCUGAGGGAUAAUGGCAUCGAGCUGUACGCCAUCGAUGUGGGUAAUGCUAAUUGGAGACAAUUGAUAUCCAUCGCUUCUGUCCCACAUGGCACUCACGUGUACCACGGCAAUGGCUUUGGCGCUCUGGGUUUCAUCAUCACCAGGCUCACUGACAACCUGUGUGACAGCAUCAAGAGUCCAGCUUCAACAGACUGGUCUCCUCUGAGCUCCAUCAUGCUCGUUCUGCGUAUUUCAGCUCUUGUUUUGAUGAUCGUGAGCACUGUUUUGGUCUUCACCCUCAGAGGUAACAUCAAACCACGGCGUAAAGAAACCAGCAUGCAUGAGGAUGUCAUUGAAGCCGACGAUGAAAAUGAUGAAGCAUUUGGUGCUGCUUCCAUCGAACUGCAACAACUUCCAGACCAAGAUUAAGUCAAGAGGAAGUCACAGCUUCCCUUCUGGCCCCCAGAAGAUUAUUGAAUUCAGAAAAUGUGAGGAAAAUGUGUAAUGGUAUUUACAGUCAUUUUCAACAAUUCCUAAAGAAACCCUAAAAUAAACUGAGAUUAAGUCAUUUUGUCCUGGAUUUGUUUGAUAUUCGAGCAGUUUCUCAAAAAUCCACCUGUCAGCCAUUACUAGUAAA